UCGCUGGGCUUCCAAAGCCAUGGACCGCAAUGUGCCGGGGCUGUCCAACGUCAUCCUCCAGAAGCUCAACAUGAAGAGCUAUGAGGACUACAAGUCUGCCAUGGACGGGAGGAAAAGCGGCAGCGAUUUCGGCAUCCGAACUUACUUUGAGAUGUUCCAGAAGAUGGAGGACACCUUCAGAUUCUGUGCUGAGUGCAGGAAGCUCCCCGAUGCUCUCCCAGACCCCAGAAGCCUCCGGCGAUGCAAGAGGUGCCAGAACGUGUACUACUGCGGCGUGGCAUGCCAGCGUGCCAACUGGCCACUGCACAAGAAAUUCUGCAAGAAGCUGAAGCUGGUGGCCCUGGAUCGGCUGGUGGAGUGGCUUGUCUUCACAGGAGACAUCCCCUUUCCUUCAGAGACCUGGACAAAGCCCCCCUGGGAUGUGGAGGGCUGGGAAGACUGGUUCUCCAUGCAGGAGCAGCUGGAGGAGAAGCUGGGAGCCAUCCUGGCUGGCCGGUAUAUGACCCUUCUGUGGGCCAAUGCUGGGAAGCCACGGCCAGAGGACAGGGAGCUGCGUGAUUCUGUCCGACGCCUGGUCACUGACUUCCACUCACGGCCACUCACCAUCGGCCUGGGGCUACGGCUCUUCAGCAUCGAGCCGCUCGCCAAGGCCCUCACCGUGCAUGUGGUGGGAGCGUCCCAUGUGGAGACCCUCAACGCCCGGCUGACAGACUACGAUGAGCUGACACGCAUGUUCCCAGGGCACCGCGGCAUGGAGGUGGUGAUGGUGGGGGUGGAUGUGGUCGAUGGACCCGUCAUGAGGCCACCCCUGGCCACCCCAGCGCCCCAGGGAAGGGUCUAUCUCAGCAGCUACAAGGGGCUCUACCAUGACUUUUGGGAAAGCCACGUGGAGACCAAGCUGGCUGCCCGCCCUGACCUGGUGGUGGGCUUUCACCCGGGUUUCCAUGCCUGCCCAGACCUGCUGGCAGGCUGGCUGCCCACCCUGCUGCUGCUGCGGGACUACCGCUUGCCCGUCCUCUUCACUGUGUACAGUGAGCAGGAGCUGAAGUCCUCCCUGCAGCUCCUGGUGGAGCUCGAGAUGCACAUUAUGGGCUAUGCCACCAACCCCUUCGCCUCGCUGCGGCCCGAGCAGGUCUACUCCAGCCCCAACAAGGCACCCGUCUACUGCAGCUCCUACUAUAUCACCCUGCUGGGGCCGGUGACAUCGGGUGUGCCAGGUGCUGAAGACCUGGAGGAUGGUGAUGGCUGA